GAGUUUGAGUGGACGCAAGGCGAAUACAACAAUAGUUCAACUUCGCUUGCUCAGUGCGCGACUAAGCGUGAUACGGAAUGAACGUGUGGUGCGUCUUGCGCGGACGAUAACUCGGCGAAACAUUUUUUAUUUUGCGAUUUAUACGACCAGAAUUUUAUACGGUUUGGAGUAUACAGUCGAGUAAAAUAUUUAUGUUUACGUUUAUGCGGUUCGCGCAGAAUUUUGACCAAAAUUGUGUAUUUCCGUAUAGACGCGAAAACUAAAAGUGAAGAACAUUUCGAAAACAAAGGACUGUUUUGUACUUUUUCGCAACGAUUGCGAAAUUGUGUUCAAAAAUAAAAAUCUGACAACGUCGUGUACUAAUUAGUCGUCCUCGACCACCUAGUUUGGACAGAAUCUGUGGUCAAGAAAACAAAAACGUAUCUAUUUUGCCAAAACAUUCACGAACGAUUUCAAAUUCUCGUAAAAAUUUGGACUUUUACAAAAACUUAACCAAAAAUUACAGUGAGUUCGUCGACCUUUUCAUUCGUGCUUCAGUGGAUCAGUUUGCUGAAUUUAACCAAAUCAUCAUACACCCUGGAUUAAGUGCCGAAUUUGAUUUAUCAUAAUGUCUACUGCCAUAAUGCAUCAGUCUGCGCUUUACGGCUUCGAUGAUCUGUUCCUUAAGAUGACACCAGAAUACGAUGGUGGAAUAUCGCCCUCCAACCAAAACCGGCAAGUGCAGACUAUGAACGGCACCAUGGGCCCCGUGAGUGGCGGAACAAUAACCGGCGGAGUGAAGUGGGAGCAGCAUCCUGCGCUGGCGCGCGCCGCUUCCGUGCCGGCGCACCAGGCGCUCGCAGGCCUCCUCGACCGUCUAGUGCACCGCCGCCUCGAGCGCACCACCAGCGAACCGACACCGCCACCACCCGCCACCAGCCGCUACAAGACCGAACUUUGUCGACCUUUCGAAGAGGCCGGAGUCUGCAAAUAUGGCGAUAAAUGUCAAUUUGCCCAUGGCUUCCGGGAACUGCGAAACCUUCAACGUCAUCCCAAGUACAAGACUGAGUUGUGCCGCACCUUCCAUUCUGUCGGCUUCUGUCCCUACGGACCGCGGUGCCACUUCGUGCACAACGCGGAAGAAGCGCGACGCCGCGAGCCGUCGUCUCCGGGUGGAUCGCUGGCUUCCUUGUCGUCUGGUGGCUCCCUGGCUUCCUAUAUGUCUGAUGGAUCUCGUUCCCCGCGCUCGCCACAUUCACCACAUUCGUCCCACUCUCCCCUUGCGCCGCAAUCACCCUUGACGCCGCACUCCCCUCCCGCGAUGUCUCCACCUGCGCAGCAAACUACUGCGUUUGCUUUUCGCCCCACGCAGUCACCGGACCCUGAAGAGGAGCGACUGCCGGUUUUCAACCGUCUCUCGUCGGCAUUCGGUGAUCUCGUGAUCGCCUAGGGCCGCAGUUAUCCUAGUCCUAAGUUAACUUAUACCGACUUAGCGUAAGAUUCGACCGUCACCAUAGUGCCUAAUUCGACGUCUUCCAAAUCGUGCCCGAGCGCCGUCCCGCUCGUAGCGCCUCGCGCAUCUGCACACCCGCUCAACGAAUGAUCUCCAGUUUGUCGAUGCACUUUAAUUACUUCGCCCUGUAAUUUAUGUAGUUAAAGAAGUAUUUACUGGCGUCUCGAACGUUUGCGGUGUGAUUUUAGUGAUUACAUACAUAUAUGAUUAGUUAUUGGCACGCACUUGUAAAUGGCACCUUAUAUUAUUAGAUAUUUAUUGCGUAGCUCGCGGAAGUCUUCCCGAAGCGAUCCUCCGCCGAGCGGUGGUCUCUGUAAAGUUAGCUUAUAGAACAUUUUAUUUAUUUCGUACUGCCUAUCCGCGCUCGGUUCCGUACCGCGAGAAGGCGCUCGUGAUCUAUUUUUAAGGGUUUAAGAUAAUAAUUUAUUAUUUAUUUCGAGUCUCUUUAACUAUAGUAAUUAUUUGUAGCUAGGAGUUGCGAUGCCGCACCGCAUACCGACGAGGCCUGCGUCGACGGGACGUGGCUCGUUUGACAAACACAGAUCGUCUGAUUCUGUUCCUGAUCGAAUGAAAUACUUACUUUUAUAUACCUUGAACGUCGGAUCGAAUCAGCCGAUUCAACUUUGUGAGCUCGGCAUCCGUUUGUAUAUGAAUAAAAUAAAAUUAUCUUUUUAUCGCAAAUUUUUUUCCGAAGGAACUCGUGACCGGUAGUUUCUCGUGUGUCGCCACAUGAAAAUUGAAGCAGAUGAUGGCUAAGCUUACCACCAGUACUAGCGAUCUUAAUGAUCUGUGGACCAUUUGGGAAGGUACGGUGCGAUCCUGACGACCGCCUCUAGCGACUCGUCCGCAAACGUUUUUUUCGUUUUGCGUCGUGCGAGGAGGGCUGGCAGCGAAGCUAAACCUGUUUGGGAGUUUUGGUGAUUGUUUUUUUUCGUCCUUGUAUCGCGCUCUUAAGUUCUUCUCGUUUCGGCGCUCAGUAAACUGCGAGCGCCCGCUGAAAAAUGAUAAACUAAAAAAAUGUAUGCCGAACUCCCGAAGUUCCAGCACAGAUAUAUGUAGAAACCUGUAUAAAUAUUUUAUAAGUCCAAUAUAUUAUUAAAAACAUGUUUAUUAUGUACAACUGCCGCGUGCAGCGGAGGAGAGCGCGGGGCGCGGCCCCUCCCUCGCGCUUCCACGCCGCGCCCCCUCGCGCCCCACCAACAGUGCCUUACAUGAAACAAAUACAUAAAAUCAGUUAAAUAUUUAAUUUUAGUUCAUAGAAAUAGAUUGUUUAUUUAUUGUCUUCUUUUGAAUAUUAUAUUCUAAUUGGCACGGUUAUACUUUUGUACUUUUUUGACAGAAUUGAGUAUUUAGUUUCGACGUAGCAUAGAAUUUUGAAUUUAAAGUGUGAUAUUUUAUACCUAUUUAUGUAACAGAGUAUAAAGUUUUAAUUAAGGGACCAAUAUGUAGGAGGAUUUCUGAUACAGAUGCAGAAAGAUACGCUUCUGAUUAUUACCAAGAGACUGUACCCUCACGUCGUGUUGUAUUGUAUUAUUAUACUACAAACUACGAUUUUGUAGGUACUUGUCAAUAAACAGCAUUCGACCAUUUUGGGCUUGUGUUUAAUUAUGUAGAAGUCAGAGAACCAGGAUGGUUUUUUUUUAUUUUGUUUCAAUUAUCCGUUUAGUUUCUUCAAUUGCAUGAUGACGACAAAAAUAAUAAUUUUGUAUCUAAUGUUAAGGAAACUUCUUAGUUGUAAGCGUUUUCAUAAAGUCCAUAAAGAUUAUUUAUUAUCAGUACAUUACGAAUUAUAAACCAUUAAACUGAUUUAUUUAAUUUUUUCUCCAUUUAACCGACAUUAAAGAACCACUUUUUGUAACAUUAUGUUAGUAAUAUAUCAUCAGUCAUAUUAAUAUAAAGUUAAUUAGAUUAAAGCUCUAGUACCUAUUUCAUUAUUGAUUAAGUAUUUAAUUUUUUUAUUUAAUUUCAAUUAUAAGUUAAUCUUUAAAAAAUGACUACGUAUUCUAUUCUCUUAUGGACAAAAGAUUAAGCCUCAAGCUUGUUUUUGACAUUUCUUAUAAGUUUUCCUUAUUUCCAUCAGCAUUUUUAUUGAAUUAUAGUCAAAAUAUGUUA